AUGGGUUGUUGUAUUACCAAAAAUUAGAUAUAGCAAAAAGAUUUUCAUCAUUUCAACAGCAGAAUCGACAAAAAUAUGGGAAAUGAAACCUAAAAUCAAGAAAAAAAUAAAUUAUUUUAAAUUCCAAAGAAUCCUAUAUUACAAAGGAGAUUAUCAUAAAAGAAGGAGAAUUUUGUCACCAAAUAAACUUACUCUUAUUCAGAAAGAAAUAAAGAUACUUCUAGAAAUAAUGAAUAUUUAUGA